GUUUUUCUAAUUUUGGCAGCUGUUUGGCCCUUGGGACAAAGCGAAUGGCUCGUUUAAAUGCUAUUGUGAGAUCCUUGCCAUCCGUGGAAACCUUGGGCUGCACGACAGUAAUCUGCAGCGACAAGACUGGUACUCUCACAACAAAUAUGAUGUCUGUGUCAAAGAUCUGUGUGCUUCAUUCAGUAAAUAAUGGUCCAGUGGCCUCUGAAUACGUCAUCAGUGGCACAACUUAUGCACCAGAAGGUUUUAUAUUUGACAGCUUGGGAGCCCAGCUAGAGAUUCCUGCACAACUUCCUUGUCUUCUUCAUAUAGCAAUGUGCUCAGCUCUUUGCAAUGAGUCUGUUAUACAGUACAACCCAGAUAAGAGGAUUUACGAGAAGAUUGGUGAAUCAACUGAAGUUGCCCUUCGUUUGCUGGCAGAAAAAAUUGGUCUUCCUGGUUUUGAUACAAUGCCAUCUGCUUUAAAUAUGCUAAGCAAGCAUGAACGGGCAUCUUAUUGUAAUCGCUAUUGGGAAAGCCAAUUUAAAAAGGUUUCUGUACUGGAAUUUUCACGUGAUCGCAAAAUGAUGAGUGUGCUUUGUAGCCGAAAGCAGAUGGAGAUAAUGUUCUCAAAAGGAGCUCCGGAAAGCAUACUUUCAAGAUGUAACAAUAUACUGUGUAAUGAUGAUGGUUCUACAGUCCCUCUUUCUGCACAUAUUAGAGCUCAGUUGGAAGCAAAAUUUAAUAGGUUGGGAUGCUUGAUCCACCAAGGGAUGAAGUAAGAAAUGCCAUCCUUUCAUGUAUGAAUGCGGGCAUACGUGUAAUCGUUGUUACUGGGGAUAACAAGACAACUGCAGAAUCCUUGUGCCAAAAAAUCGGUGCCUUUGAUCACUUGGGAGAUUUUACUGGGUUUUCUUAUACUGCUUCUGAGUUUGAAGAACUUCCGGCAUUGCAGAAGUCAGUGGCAUUACAGCGAAUGACAAUUUUAUCCAGGGUAGAACCAUCCCACAAGAGGAUGCUUGUUGAAGCAUUACAGAAUCAAAAUGAAGUGGUUGCUAUGACUGGAGAUGGAGUCAAUGAUGCACCUGCAUUGAAGAAAGCAAACAUUGGAAUUGCCAUGGGAUCUGGAACUGCAGUUGCGAAGAGUGCUUCAGAUAUGGUUUUAGCAGAUGAUAACUUUGCCACUGUUGUUGCUGCGGUUGCUGAAGGAAGGGCUAUCUACAACAAUACAAAACAAUUUAUUAGAUACAUGAUAUCUUCAAAUAUUGGUGAAGUGGUCUGUAUUUUUGUGGCAGCUAUGCUUGGGAUUCCUGAUACUCUUGUCCCUGUCCAACUGCUAUGGGUAAAUCUAGUCACUGAUGGAUUGCCUGCCACUGCUAUUGGGUUUAAUAAACAAGACUCAGAUGUUAUGAAAUCCAAACCUCGGAAGGUCAAUGAAGCAGUAGUUUCUGGGUGGCUGUUUUUUCGUUAUCUAGUUAUUGGAGCAUAUGUUGGACUUGCCACUGUUGCAGGAUUCAUAUGGUGGUUUGUUUAUUAUGAUAACGGACCCAAACUCCCAUACAAUGAAUUGAUGAAUUUUGACAGUUGUUCAACCAGGGAAGCAAAUUAUCCAUGUAGUAUAUUCAGUGAUCGCCACCCAUCUACUGUUUCAAUGACGGUGCUUGUUGUUGUUGAGAUGUUCAAUGCAUUGAAUAAUCUCAGUGAAAAUCAAUCCUUACUUGUCAUCCCUCCAUGGAGUAAUUUAUGGCUUGUUGGUUCAAUUAUCUUCACCAUGAUCCUUCACAUCCUCAUUCUUUAUGUGCAACCAUUAUCCGCUCUAUUCUCUGUGACACCGUUAAGCUGGGCAGAGUGGACAGCUGUGCUAUAUCUUUCAUUUCCUGUGAUAAUAAUUGAUGAAAUACUGAAGUUCUUCUCUCGGAAUUCAGGAAUAAGGUUCACUUUCAGAUUCAGACGUGCUGACUUACUUCCAAAAAGAGAAGUACGCGACAAGUAAGCUGAAUGCUGCUUAGACAUUGCAUAAACUGUACAAUGGGGAUAUGGAUAUUAUAAAACUGAAACCCCAACACACCUCAUUCUAUAUUCUUGUGAGCAUAUUGGAAGUAAGUGACUAAAUGUAGCUCAAGCAUUACAUGUCAUUAGGUUGCAGCUGAAAGAUCAGAUACGCCCUCAUACCCUUAGACUUCCUGUUGGAAAAAAUUUUGUUAGUAAUUUGUUCUUAUUUAUUAAACAAUAAAUAGGUAAUUUUUCUAAGUUUAUGAAUUUGGUACAUUAAAUGAAGUUUUCCGAGGCUGGAUCUUUUGCUA